AUGGACAUAGCCAGUCUCGUCGACCCGCUCGCCGAGCCAUGCGCCGUUUGCGGGGACAAAUCCACCGGAACCCACUACGGGGUCGUAUCGUGCAACGGAUGCAAGGGCUUCUUCCGCCGCACCAUCCUUCGCAACCAAAAGUUUACGUGCCGUUUCAACAAGAAAUGCGUGAUUGACAAGAAUUUUCGAUGCGCAUGCAGAUACUGCCGCUUCCAGAAAUGUGUCCAGGUCGGCAUGCGGCGUGAAGCCAUUCAAUUCGAGCGCGACUCGAUCGGAUCACCGAAGAAGCCAAGGCCCAACACCCCGCCGCAAAACCUCCUCCAUGCCAAUAAUAUUGCAAAUGAGAAUAGUCAGGUGAUGAAAGACGUCAUCGACCAGUUGAUGGACAUGGAACAACGGGUGAAUAUGGAGAUGUGCGCACGGUACAAGGAUUCGACACUGGUCCAAGACGUCGCCGCCGCCACAGAAGCCGCCUCAAAUGGCCAAAGCGCCGAUAAGGAAGCAAACCAGCGCACAUCCGCCGAACUGAACGAGAUCAGCCGGACGACCCUGUUGCUGAUGGUGGACUGGGCCAAGAACCUGGCCCCGUUCCCGGAUUUGAGCAUGGACGAUAAGGUCAUUCUGCUCAAAAACUACGCUCCACAGCACCUCAUAUUGAUGCCGGCGUUCAGGAGCCCCGACACGACUCGCGUGUGCCUGUUCAACAACACCUACAUGUCGGGCCGUGACGGUGCCACGCCGCAGGAUUUGGGCGGAUUUGCCGCCUUCAAAACCAGCAACAUCACCCCCAGGGUACUCGACGAGAUCGUGUGGCCGAUGCGUCAGUUGAACAUGAGGGAGCAGGAAUUUGUAUGCCUUAAAGCGCUCGCAUUCCUCCAUCCUGAGGCAAAGGGUCUCUCCGCACAAACUCAAACGAUGAUCCGCGACGCCCGGAAUCGCGUCCUGAAGGCUCUCUAUCAGUUCAUCCUCGAGAAUUUCCCCGAAGAAGCCCCGACUAGAUACGGAAAUAUCCUGCUGCUCGCCCCGGCGCUGAAAGCCCUCACGCAGCUCCUCAUCGAGAACAUGACCCUGACAAAGUUCUUCGGGCUGGCCGAGGUGGACUCGUUGCUCUCGGAGUUCAUCCUCGACGACAUCAACGAUCACAACAGCACCCCCGCCAAUCUGCAGGCCACGCUUGAGGGGCUCCUCCCACCGUCUGUGCUCAGCUCGAGCUCAUCCACGGUUGCCCCCUCAUCUUCAUCAAGUGCGAUGGCGGCCGUCAUCGGGGAGGCCAGCUCUUCUGGCAUCCAGCAAUACAACGUCCAGCCCAACGGCAUGCCAUAUCUAGGACCCCAC